GUCUGGCCUGUGGACAGUGCACCCAUUUUGAGUUCCGGGUCUUUUAAGCUCACAACUAAACAGCAACUAUCCAAACUGGCAACCAGUGUUUGUGAUCACAGUAAUCAUCAACAUGAACAUCAUUAUCAUAGACUAGCUUUUGAAUUCCUGCAUCACAGAUCAAUAUGAAAGGCUGGAACAAGAAAGCAUCCAGAGAAGAAGCCUAUGAUGACGAUGGUAUAUCCUCACGCAGUGGAGAUCUGAACACUGACCACAGUCAGAGGCAUUCCCUCGAGUCCCAAGGCAACGAUGACCCUGGAAAUUUAAACGACUGUGUUUAUUUAUCAAGCAGUACUCCAGCCAAGGCCAAUGACAGUGAGGAGGAUGAGGAAGAACAACCGCUACGGAAAAAAACUCUCCUUCCAACGUCAUGGAGAAGUAUGUUCAAAAAAUGGCAGAGGAGGAGUGAUUCUAAUUCUCCACCUCCUUCCUCAGGAAUUAAAAUUUUGCCAAAUGGAACCAGAGUUAGUCCACCUGUGAGUCCGUUAUUGAAUAGGAGGUACUUGGACUCUCACGACUCACUGAAAUCUGAUAGGCCCCUUUUUAAUACUGGCUCCUAUGAUGUUCUUGAAGGGUCAGAACUGACUAGUAUCCAUCCAACUGAGUAUUAUGCUGAGAAAGUGGAGGUCUAUAAGCUUAAAUACUCUUACCUGAAAUCAUGGCCCGGACUACUGAGGCUACUGGCUGGUCUCCAGCUUCUGUUUGGGGGAAUGGUGUUUGCAUGUGUUUGUGCCUACAUUCAGAAGGACAGUGAAUGGUCCAACUUGUAUAAUUACCAGUUUGGCGGAUAUGACACAUCAGGAUAUUAUUACAAUGGUCCCAUGACACCCUUUGUGUUGGCUGUGAUUGGCCUUGCGUGGAUUGUGACUGUCAUUCUCUUGGUUUUGGGGAUGACCAUGUAUUAUAGAACAAUUCUUCUGGAUUCCCAGUGGUGGCCUGUAACAGAGGCCAUUAUGAAUUUGGUCAUGUUCCUGCUUUACAUGUCAGCAGGUAUUGUCUACAUCAAUGACCUCAAUCGAGGUGGGCUCUGCUACAUGACGAUAGGCUUCAGUCCCAUCAUGUCCAGACUGUGCCGUGUCGAUGGGGGCCAAAUGGCUGGAACAGCCUUCAUCUUCAUCAAUACGGUCAUGUACCUUGUGAGCUUUCUCGUGUGUCUGAGGAUGUGGAGGCAUGAGGCUGCCCGCAGAGCAAGGGAAGUUCUUGAGAGUCAGGCUCCUCCACCUCCCCCGGCCAUUGGCAUGGCUCCCAUCAAAUCCAAGAAAAUAGCCUUUAGAGAUGAACAGGAUCACCAACCUAUCAGGGAGCACAAGCUGACCAGUAAGUCAGAGGCAGCUGAGGGACCAGUGACCCUGACCGGGGCUAUUCCUACUGGGCACAUACCUAAACCAAGAGUCAUUCCAGAUUAUGUUCUGAAGUAUCCAGAAAUCUACUCAGUGGAGGACAGAGAGCAAUACAAAGCUGUUUUUAAUGAUCAGUAUCAGGAAUACAAGGAACUUCACAAAGACAUCAGCGACACACUGAAGAAGUUCUACGAGUUAGAAGUUAUGAUGAACAAACUCCUCAAAGACGUCAACAACCCAGAGGAGAAAAAGAGAAUUAAUCAAAUGCUGAAGCAGUAUGAGAAAAAAAAGAACGAUCCCACGUUUUUAGAGAGAAAGGAACGUUGUGAAUACUUGAAGGGUAAACUAAGUCACAUCAAAAUGAGGAUUCGGAAUUUUGACCAAAGCAAUCAAGCAAAGGGAUAAGCGUGAAUUCAAGAAAAGCCUUUGUAACCCAAAAUUAAAGUACGAGUUGUUUUUCUUUUUAUUAUAUCAAGUUAUAAAUGGCUGUCAAAUAUUCUCUAGGGGUUCACCUGAUGGGUUUUGUGAACAUAUUCCGACAUAAUUCUCUUUUGUAUGUUAAUUCUAUUGCACCAAACUUUGCAAACUGUAUAGUACCUGCAUAGCCUGUUUUAAGUCUUAAUUUGUUCAAUGCUGUUGCUUUAAUUGUGGCAUUAUUGUAAGGUUGAUGCUGAUUCGCAUAUAUUGAUGCUAUUAUUGUGAUUCCUGUAUCUGAGACAAAAUGACUGAACAGCUGCACUGACUGGCUAACUUCGAGCCCUUCUCAUAAGCACUCAUUCAAUAUUCAGUCCCCCUGUAACGAAGCGUUGUCCAU